GCCCUGAAUCCUCUUCUCUCGCCACUGUUCCCAAAAAAAAAAAAAACACUCUUCUCUCGCCCGCGUAUACAUUCUGCAUAAAAUUUCCUCGUCACCGCUGUGUUUCGUGCAACUCUCUCUCUUUAGAUUUUAUUUUAUUUUAUUUUAUUUUAUUUCACUAGACUCUUUCGUCUGUGUGUGUUCUUCGGAUACGGAUAUAUCCCAUCCCUGUUUCGUAAAAUUGGAGUUAGUUGACGCAGAAAGAAAGUUGAGUUUUAUGGCGGCGUAUUCCGAAGAGCGAAGAGACGAAUCGGGCAAGGAAAUGCUACAUAAAACCAAGGUGAUACAAUUCUUAGGACGCACCACGCCAAUCAUCCUUCAGAACGACAAUGGCCCCUGCCCUCUCCUCGCUAUAUGUAAUGUUCUCCUAUUAAAGAACAACUUGAGUUUAAGUCCAGACAUUACAGAGGUGUCGCAGGAGAAGUUGCUCUCACUUGUUGCGGAGCGGCUAAUAGAUUCGAACAGUAAUGUGAAUAGCAAAGAUGCUGAGUACGCUCAAAACCAACAGCAGAACAUCGCUGAUGCAAUUGAUUUGCUUCCUCGCCUUGCUACUGGAAUUGACGUAAACAUAAAAUUUUUGAGGAUUCAUGAUUUUGAGUUUACUCCUGAGUGUGCCAUAUUUGAUCUUUUGGAUAUUCCACUAUAUCAUGGUUGGAUAGUUGAUCCCCAGGACUAUGAUACUGCAAACGCAAUUGGAUCGAAGUCCUACAAUACUCUCAUGGGGGAGCUUGUUGCCCUUGAAACAAAUUUGGAGGGUGAACAGAAAAAGAAUUCUGAGGGAGAUGUCAUUGAUUUUGCUGCUGCAACAACUGCUACUCUACGAGUUCCGUCUCCUUGCCUUUCAAGAGGUAGAUCUUUUGAUGACUCUCCUCAUGCUGUAUCUAAUCAUGAUAAAGAAAGAAAAGGAGAUAUGGAGGAAGAAGCAGAGCUGCUUAGAGUCUUGAAAUUGUCCGGGGCUGAAUUGUGCAUUGAUGUACAAAAUAUGUCGUUAAUUUCAAAUGAAAUUGCAUAUCUGAAGAAGUCUGAACUUGAAGUUCUUGAAGAAACAUUAGAAGGGGACAGAAGAGACAAUAAAAGUUUGCAGAAUUUUUCAUCAUCCCACGACUGCAGUGCCUUGAGUAAUUGCAGUAAUGAGGUGAUAGCUCAUGAAGCAGUUCCAGAGGAAGCUGCUUGUUCGAAAACUCAUAACCACACUGAUCAAUCAACUUCUGAAGAAACUGGAAAGUUUGUGAAAUGUAAAGAUGUAGUUGAUGAAUGCAGUUUUGAUAUAUCGGUCCAGAAUGAGAUUUCGCUGUCUGAUUCUUUUGCACGAGAUCCUUCGUCGGCAUGUGGAAACAAAAUGCAUGAAUCUAGAACUACGGAAUAUGAAGUUGAGAAGCAGUUGACUUCCUCAUCUGAUAUGCAUGAGCCAGAAAAUAAUAAACAUGGUGGUGACAUGGCAGAAAUUUCUAAACCUGGUGCAUAUUUAGAUUCUUCCAAUGGUAGAAGGCAACAUAUAGAUGUACCUGAUCCUUUUACCUCGAGUGCUGAUGGCAGUGAGCCUAUUUAUGAAGGAGAGGAAUGUAUAUUGGAAUCAGGAACAUCACUUAUUGAAGACCGAGAGCCUGUGUAUGAAGGCGAGGUGGUUCUUGCAGAACAAGUGGACAAAAGUGCUGGAGAUGGUGGUGAUGCAAGUUGCAAGGAUGAAAUUUCUCCAAGACAAGGGGAACUGAUCAGGAACUUUCUGAAAAACAAUGCCAGUCAGCUGACCAUUUAUGGCCUGUUUUCCUUACAAGAUGGUCUGAAAGAGCGUGAACUUUGUGUCUUUUUCCGCAAUAAUCACUUCAGCACCAUGUUUAAGUUUGAUGGUGAAUUGUAUAUUUUGGCUACUGACCAAGGUUACUUAAAUCAGCCUGAUUUGGUAUGGGAAAAGUUAAAUGAGGUCAACGGGGAUACAUUGUUUAUGACUGGUGAUUUUAAAGAAUUCAAGGUAGAAAGUCAUGCCAACACAACGUGGGAUCCGCAAAAUGCCAUGGCCAGUACUGCUGACUAUCUUGCCAGCAUUGACAUUUCCGCAAAUGAGAAUUCAAGUUUCAAUUCUGACCUGCAAUUGGCAAUUGCUCUUCAGCAACAAGAGUUUGAACAACAGCCACCACGUAAUGUGCAGCAACCAACCGUUACUGGCAGUUCAAGGCUGGUCACGGGACCCGAGGUGCCAAGUGGCAGGGGAAGGGGCUCGUCGUUGUCCUCCAGGCAGGAAUCAAAGUCAUCAAGAGAGAAGUGUAUUGUUAUGUAAAAUUUUGCAAGUAGGUGGCAUGUAUUGGAAGGUGGUACUGUAAAUGUUGUUGAUUUGUCGUAAUCGCUUUACCUCCUGUGCUGACCCAUUCUCCGCACUAAAGGUCAAUAUGGAUACAACUGUUUUCAAUCUGUAAAUGUAGUGUACGCUACAACAUCGUAGGCUCUGCAAUGUCAUGAAUUUACUCAAA